AAUUUUGAAAUAGGUUUCAGAUAUUUUUGCAACUCGAAAAAGGCAGCAUGUUUCGCGGGACAAGUAGUGCUAGUAGUGCUGGUGCUAGUGAUGGCGGUUGCUUCCUUGUUUUAUUAGUUUUUAUCAUAUUGUGUGACUUUGUGUUAAGUAAUCCUUAUGCAAAUUUGUCAGAAAUCAGUUUAAGUGAUAGACAUUCUAGAAGAGCCCCACAUCGGCAACGACAGCGUCAUAAGAAACCAAUAAGCAGCGAACCUGCAGAGGCUCCUUUGGAUGGCGAAAAUUAUGAUGCAAGGAUACCUAAACUAUUUUCAUUUGAGGCCUUAGAUGAGGAUUUGAUGAUUGACUUAGAUUUUGCGAUACCAUUUAUUCAUGUUCCAGUAAAAAAGAGCAUGCAAAAAACUGGACAAGCAGUGAAAAGUUUGGUGAAUUUGAAUACUCCUGCACUUAUUUUAGCAGGAUUAUUUGCAGCUGGAAGUGCGAUUUUUGGAUUAGUGUUUCAUAAUUACGUUGGAAAAACAACAACAUCAACAUCAACAACACCCAUUGGUUUGAAAAGGAAUUCUAGGAUAACUGAUAUUAAUAGCAUGCUUGAUCCUUUCAAGUUGAUACAAAGGAAUUCGGAGGGAGAAAAGUUUGAAACUGGAUUUGGUGAUAUUUUUCAAAUAGUUGAAGAAAAUUUUAACAAAAAUGACGUUGACAUUACCGCGUGCAUUCAAAAAUCAAUUUGCUUGUAUGUUAAAAAGUCAGCGGAAUAUGUUCGUAAUGGUCGAGCAUCAGGAACGAAUAAAAUUGUUGACGGUUUAGUUAGCUCUGAUUGGCUUCUUCAGUACUUGGAAGGUACUGCAAUAAGAGAUGCUAUUGAUACAGGAAGUGGUAGUACAAAAUGUGGAUAUAAAUACCCAACUUGUCAAUGGUCUGAUCCGGAAAAACAUGUUUUGAAUAUAAUCUUGGGAUUUGCUAAGAAUAUACCCGCUCUUAAGGACAGUUGGCCGUAA